UACACGUCACAAGUGUCAAUUGGUGCCAAAAAGCAACAUCACAAGAAAGAUCAAUUCAAGUCGAUUGCAGCUCUUCUCCGGUUCGGUUCCGGUUGGCCAGGCUAGUCAGGAUGAAGCUACUACUAAAAAUUGCUGUACUUACGGCAAUAUCGCUGUGCCUGUUCCAGCUAGCCAACAGCCAAUCUUCCAAAAAUGCGCGUGGCCAGGGACAACAGUCUCUGUCCGAAAAGGUGCAGCAACUGCUGGACAUGAACACGAAGCGUCCGGUGUUGCGUUUCAAUGGCAACAAAUUCCGCGACUUUGUCAAGUCCGCCCCACGGAACUACUCGAUCAUAGUGAUGUUUACGGCCAUGGCACCCGCGCGGCAGUGUGUGAUUUGCCGACAUGCUCAUGACGAGUACACGAUCGUGGCCAACUCGUACCGCUACUCGCAGACCUACUCCAACAAGCUGUUCUUCGCCAUGGUCGACUUUGACGAAGGUUCGGACGUGUUCCAAAUGCUGCGACUAAAUACGGCACCCGUGUUCAUCCACUUCCCCCCGAAGGGAAAACCAAAACCGGCCGAUACGAUGGACAUCCAGCGGGUGGGAGUGUCGGCGGAAGUGAUCGGCAAGUGGAUUCAGGAGCGUACCGACAUUCAGAUCCGAAUUUUCCGCCCACCCAACUAUUCCGCUACCGUUGCGAUUUUGAUGCUGUCGCUGUUUGUCGGCGGUUUCCUGUACCUGCGUCGAAACAAUCUCGACUUUCUGUACAACAAGCAGAUGUGGGCGCUGAUUGCGGUGGUGUUCUGCUUCGCGAUGGUUUCGGGACAAAUGUGGAACCACAUCCGCAGCCCGCCGUUCGUGCACAAGAGCCAAAAUGGUGGCAUUGCGUACAUACACGGAUCCUCCCAAGGGCAGCUGGUGAUUGAAACGUACAUUGUCAUGUUUUUGAAUGCCAUGAUUGUGCUGGGAAUGGUAUUGUUAACCGAGGCUGGCUGGCAGAAUGAUCAUCGUAAGAGUAAGGUCACAGCAAUUGUGGGCCUAUUUUUGGUGGUUGUGUUCUUCUCGCUGAUUCUUUCAAUAUUCCGAUCCAAAGCGCAAGGAUACCCUUACAGCUUCCUAUUUAAGUAAAAAAAUAGUUUAAGUAUAAAGGAGCGUCCGUCUAAAAUUAACGCACCAGGUGUGAACGCGUGAAUCACAUGUAUUGGAUCGCUAAUUGUGCAAUCGAGGGAACGUAAAAAAACGUAAAAAUUCCAUAUUUCAGUCUUUUUAGUUCAAGCAAAAAUAAAUAAAAUAAAGUCAGAAUCUUUCUCAACACGAAGAAGAUGUAAACAUG